CCGACUUCGUUUUUGUUUGAAGAACCAGAAGAAGUUUUAUUUUGACUUGCAAAGAGUAAAAGCAUGUAGGUCCAUAUAUUUAAGUUGAAAGAACAUAUGAUUGAUAAGUUUGAAAUGUACGUGUGAAAAGUAUUUCUUGAUUGAAAACAGAUGAAUAUUUAUAAAAGACGAAACGUAAAAGAGUUUAUAGAGAAGUUGUGACCAUCACAGAACCAUUUCAUGAAGAGGACCAUUGAAAAAAUUCAAAAUCCUCAGCAGUACCAAAUUGACACCUCUUACCAACUGAUAUUUUACCAAACGUCUAAAAUAAUGGAUUUAUUAGCACCUUCUGUGUAGUAUAAAAGAUGGCUUACUGUCAAACAAUAGUCUGUUUGCUGGUUUGCUGGGGAAGAUGAAAUCUGAGGUCAUAUUGAGUACCUUAGCAAGGAAAAAGUUGUAUGUAAAACAUCAUGUUACAAAUCAGUUUCAACAGGAAGUGACAUCAUCAAUUAUGAUUGACUCUGGGUCACCUGAUCACAAUCAACUCAGUCAUCAAGGAAAUUCUUCACUAUUGAUACAUAAUAAUAAUAAUCAAAGAGAUUUCUCACAAGAAGUUAAUGAGGAAAAGUCACCUUUGAUCUCCAACAGUCGCAGUCCAAAUCACUCGCCAGAUCGUGUUCAGAUGGUACCGAUAGAAGCUGAACCCAUGUCGCUAGAAGUUAUGAAGGGUUCCAUAACAGAAAUGCGUCCAUCUUUCCAAAGUGUAAUCACUUAUGGGCCAGGACUAUGUGGAAACUCUCCACCUUUAACAAAUGGCACAUGUGGAGAAAUGUUUCCACGCACAAGUUAUAUGGGUAGUGUAGGACUUAACUUGUGUACACCAUCUAGCAUGGAUUCUCAGAUUAUCUCCCCUGUUUCAGUUCCUGUGAUGAAUGAUAUUACACAAGAGCAUAAUAUGCAGUGUUCUCCGUCCCCUCCAAGUCAGAAUUCAGAAUCAGGCUCAUUUUCAAGUUCUAAACAGUUGUCUCCACAGAUAAUGUUUGACUGUCACUGGCUGAAAUGUGAUCAAAGUUUCUCUAAUAUGGAUGACUUGGUGUCACAUGUGAAUGACCACCAUGUCAAGGUCGAGCGACCAGAUGUCGAUUACCAGUGUAAAUGGGAUGGUUGUCCUAGAAAAGGCAAAGGGUUCAAUGCAAGGUAUAAAAUGCUGAUCCACAUUAGAACCCAUACAAAUGAGAAGCCACACAGUUGUAAAUUAUGUGGUAAAUGUUUCUCCAGACUGGAGAACUUAAAAAUCCACUACAGAUCACAUACAGGUGAAAAGCCUUAUAUUUGUCCUGUGGAGGGCUGUCAAAAGGCCUAUUCUAACUCUAGUGACCGAUUCAAACAUGUGCGAACACAUCAGGAAGAAAAGCCGUACAUUUGUAAAAUGCCAGGAUGUAAUAAACGUUAUACUGAUCCUAGUUCUCUUAGGAAGCAUGUACGGACACAUGGACAUUAUUAUCGUGAAGAAAAUGGGAAACAAAAAUCUUCGAAAGUUUCCAGUACAAUGCCACAGCAGCAGCCCAUUUUCCCAUCAGUGCAGUUACAGAUUCCAUCAGUGACACAGUCGCCUACUUCGCCCGUCAAUCCUCUAAUGAGCAUGUCCCCUAACAAACUGAUGCCACACAGCAUGCCAACACAUAUACAUCCUCUCCAUAACAUUUUACAUGUGUCUAACUUUACAUCAAAUCCCAUGUUAUCAUCAACUAUUCUGACACCGUCGUCUGCUACGCAUUCAACUUCUACUCAGACAGAAGGGGUAAUUAUUUCACUGUCGCCAAAUUCACCGCUCAAAAUGGACAUUGCUGGUGAAAAACUUGGAAAUGAAGAAGAUGAUAAGAUCCAAGAUGGGCCUCUGGAUCUGUCGACUAGUCCUUCAGCAGAAUCAGAUAUCUUAGUUGGGCAUAGAGAAAGCUCAACAUUCUCGACAGGGAAAUGGGAGCUAAUAAAUUCCUAGCAUGAAGACUCAAAUUGUUUUGUUAUUGAUUUAUUUGACUUUGAAGUUUCAUUCAUAAAGUUAAAAGGAUAAAAUUCUCAAAUUGAGAAUUAAAAGUGCUAAAGAUAUUCUGUUCACUUAUUAUUAUUUUGUUAUUCUCAAUUAUUGAAAAUACAAUAUAAGAUUUCGUGUCUUUGUAUCUUCAUAAGUACAAUAUUGUUAAAAAGCAGUUAAGAAUUUGAAUAGAAUUUAGUUGAGAUCUCAAAUAUGUUUUGGAGAACAGUCUUUUUAUCUAAUCUUUUUCUUUUUAAGGUAGAUUUUAAUCAUAAAAUCGAUACAUGUUUGCACAAAUUUUCAUUUAGGGUGAAAAUUAAAGUUUUGAAUUUAGAACUUUUUUCAUUUGAUUUUUAGCUCAAUUAACUUGAUGAUGAUAUAUCAGGUGCUUUGAACUGUACUAUCAUUUAAAAAAUAAAUCAUGCAUUGUAUAAUUAAUGUAAAAUAUGAAAGUUAAGGGAGCUAACUCUUUUAAAAUUACUUAUAUGUUUAUUAUUGACAGUUUCAUCAGUGAUUUUGAAGCAGAUUUUAAGUUAUCUGUGUUACAAAGAAGCUUAGAAUAUGUAUUUUGAAUAAGGUUGACAUAAACUUACCAAUGAUUUUUUAAGAGUUGUGUCUCUUAACUUAAUUUUACUUCCUUCAAUUGUAAAUUUAAAAUUGUUUAAACUUUUUGUGGCAUAAUAUUGAGAAACAGAUGAGUUCUACAAAAGAUUAUGAAUAAAUGGCAAUGUUUCAGGUCAUUUAAUUUCACUCUUACAGUUUUUGCCAAGCCAACAAAGAUAAAAGUAGUGUUUUCUACUGCCCUUUCUAACUUUUCAUGCUUGCACUUAAUUUUUUAUAGACAUUUUAGUUAACUCAACAAUAAAGUUAACUUGUAUGAUUUUUUUUUAUUUUGCUCAGAAAAUAAUAAAUCUGUAAAAUUUUAGCAUGAGAAAGUUAUUUAUUCAGUUGAUAAUAUGUUAGAAAGUAAUUCAAGCUUUGUCUGGGAAAGUGCAUUUGGAUAAAAAAAAUAUAAAACCUUCUAUGUUAGAGGUAUUAGUUUAUUUAUAUACUCAUAUUGGGAAUAAUUUGUAUGUUGUCUCAUCAGAUUUUUGUUUGUAGCUCGGUAUUGACUACUGUAAAUUUGGAAAUUAUCGUGAUGUUUUUAUUAUUGCUAAAAAUGCGAGUGAGGGUUAUAAUUGCAAUUAUUUAAACUUGAAAUUGGAAAUUAUUUUCAAUAAUGCAAAUAUCAAAAUUGCAUUUUACUCUAAUAUGACAAAAUCGCAAUAAUAAAUUCACGCAAUAAUUUCUGAACUUACAGUAUUUUAAUUGUUAUUAUUACGGCAGAUCAUUCUUAACUGAUACAUAAAGAAAGAAAAAUAUUCAAACAAUAUAGUUAAAACUAAUUUUGUCUUUGAAAUGCAACUAUAUGGUUGUAAAAAUCUAACUUAUGAAACCUUAAAAUUCAAAAGUUUUUGAAAAUGGUAACACUUUGUAGGAAUUAUUUCACACAUAUUUAGAUCCAUUGUGAUAUUUAUUCUGAUAUAACCUUAUGCCUUAUUUUCCUUUAAGGAUGUAGUAAGAUGACGUGAAAAAAGUCUGAAAUUUAAAAUUGAUACUAUAAAUCAGAAGAACAUUAGUCAGGGAACAAUUUAAG